AUGGUUUUGAUCUUAACUUUGGCAAGUGGAUCAAAUUGUCCAGAACGAAUACUUUUCAAGUUGUCUAGAUUAAAGUAUAUUUCGCCAUAUUUCAGAAAUUAUGAAAUAAACACAUUAAUUACAAAUCGGCUUCCAAUUUAUGAAACUUUAUAUAAUGUACAUUACACAUCAAAUGUAAAAUAUACCCAUACUUUUUUUGACCCUAGCUCAAAAAAGAGUGGAAUCCUUAAAUUCAACCGCUCCUUAUCUAAUCCUAACCUUAAAUAUUACAACACCGCUUCCGAUUCUCCACAAUCUUCAGAUUUAACACCCUCAAAUUCUGACACCUGUAUUAACUCUGAAGAAUCUAAGAAACAUAACAUCGAAAUAUCAUAUGAAGAGUACUGGAAUGACGCGGAUAUAGAAGAACUGGAACGAGAACACCCUGAACUUGUAGUCAGAGGAACAGUUUUCAUUCCAGCCUUUGCCACUUAUGAGUCCAAACUUAUACUAACAAACAGUACAAACAUAAAUCUAGCUAAUACAAACAUAAAUUUGAAUAAUAAUAUACUAAAGGAGUCUGAGGACCACUCUGGAGCUAAGAAGAAGGGAACGAAUGAGUUGAAGAUUUAUGGCUUUAUUUCCAGGAAUAGAGCGUUUCACGGCGAUUCAGUUGUUGCAAUUAAGUCGAGAAGGCAAAAAGCAGUGACACAUAUGCCAUCACAAUCUCCAGGUGCUAAAAUCGCGUAUAAAGAAACACCUGGAGAGUGCCGAGUGAUUAAAAUUCUUGCCAGAUCACCGAACCUUUCAAGCUUUGUUUCAACAUUUAACUUAUCUGAGUUUUUUGAUAAUAAAUUGGAAUAUGUGAGGUGUCAACCCAGAGAUACCAGAUGGCCUGCAUUUAAAGUAUAUAAAUCAGAUCUAAACACUGAUGUAACUACUGUAUUAAAUUCAUAUAAAUCUGAUUGUCCGAAUUCUAAGUUGGACAAAAAUAUUUUAUGUAUAAACCGUUUCGUAGAAUGGAAAAAGAGUGAAUUAGAACCAAAAGGAGGUAUAAUACGUGUUAUAGGGGAGACUGGUGACCCUGAUUCUGAGAUGGAGGGGACGCUGUUGUUUCAUGGCCUAGAUCCGAAGGGGUUUUCAGAGCCUGUUUUAGCCAACUUAAACGAGUUGAUAGAGGAGGGAAACAAGACAAAAUGGGAUAACAGGAAGGAUAUGAACCAUCUGUUUGUAAUUUCAAUUGAUCCUCAAGACGCCAAAGAUUUGGAUGAUGCACUUUCAAUUGAGCUAAUUCCCACUAAUUCACCAGAUUCUGCUGAUGGCGGUAUUAUGUAUAGAAUUGGAGUACAUGUGGCAGAUGUGAGUCAUUUUGUAAAGGAAAACUCAUUGGUGGAUUUGGAUGCAAGAACGAGGGCAACUUCAGUGUAUAUGGAGCAUCUGGUUUACCCAAUGUUACCCCAGCAGUUGAGCGAAGACUUGUGUUCACUGCUUCCAAAGAAGGAAAAGCUUUGUUUUUCAGUUUUUGUUGACGUCUGUGAGUCAGGCGAGGGUGAAAAAAUUGGAAAUGACCUGUAUAUCAGAGAUGUAAAUUUCGUUUUAUCUACAAUAACUAGCAAGAACAGACUCACAUACGAUAAUGCCAAAACAAUGUUAUACGGCUGUUUAAACGUGAAAAGGGGUGGAAAAGAGCUUGAUUUGGCAUCUUACAGCUUCAGUUAUAUCGAGAAGAUGAUAGAGGAUUUGGGCAUAAGUGACGAGACUAAGCUGUCGUUGGUGAGGCUUUACUACUUGUCACAGAAGCUGAGGUAUUAUAGGCUAAAACAACUCGGAGCAGUUCACGUGGAUAUUGACGGUUCAAUUAAGUGUCAUAUUCCUAAACUUACUGGCCAGAAUCAGAAGUCUGAUGAACCCAUUGAUAGAUACUUAAAUAACAAGGGGAAACUGGACAGACGUUACAUGUUGAGAGUUGAAAAGAUGCCGAAAGAAAGCCAUGAACUGAUAGAGGAGAUGAUGUUACUGGCCAACACACAAGUUGCUAAGUUCAUUUCAGAGAAAAUCGACCUCUACUUUCUAAGAAUCCAUGAAGACACAAGUAAGGCGGUUAAGUCCUUAAUAGCACAAAUGCUACCGAAGAACCUUAAAAAUCUCAUCCAAGUGGAUAAGAUGAAUGUUACUGAAGUUUUAAGCAAGUGCGAACAUUACAUGGACCCUUCAGCAUUCCAGUCCUUGAGCUUUUCAGUGCUACAAAAGUUCAAAGAAGCUAUCUACUCCCCCAUUUACAGAGAUGGUAAUACUCAAAACACUAAUACCAGUAACAGUGUUGAUACCAGUAAUAGUGUUGAUACUAGUAACAGUGUCAAUAGUAGUAACAGUGUUGAUACUAGUAACAGUGUCAAUAGUAGUAAUCCUGUUGAUUCUGUGAAUGAUGUGGGAAGAGUGGAAGUUAGACAUUGGGGGUUGGCGUUACCUGUGUAUUUACAUUUUACAUCACCGAUAAGGAGAUAUCCUGAUUUAUACACACACAGGAUGUUGAAGGAUAUUUUAUACGCAAAAGUUAGGAGUGACUCUGUGGACUUGCUUUCUAGAAUUUGCGAACGUUGCAAUUUGCAGAAGAGAAGAGCGUUUGACGCUCAGAAAGAGUAUAAAAACUUCGCAUUUAAUAAGUAUUUGCAGUUUCUAUCAUUCAUCGCACCGAAACUUGACAAAGCUUACCUGAAAACUGUAUCAAUUUCACAGCCGUUCACAUUAACUCAAGAUAGUUCUGAUGAGAGGAAAGGCGGAAACUCGGGAGUUUGGGGCUAUUUGUAUAAUGACGCUUGUGUAUCAAGUAUUGUUUUAAACCAUCAGGCAAACUCUCAGGAAGAAGCAGCUGUCAGUGAAUCUAAAAUCAGAAAGAAAAAGAGUAAAGUAAACGAAAUGGGAGAAAAAAGAGAUAUGGGAAAGAGUUCAAUAGUGUUUUAUAUCCCACUGUUAAACGAACAAAGGAGUGUAAGCUGUGAUUCACUGGGUGUAAAGCCGGUGAAUUUUAACUUUGAUAAGAAAAGUAAAAAGAGGCAAAGAGUAAAGAGUUCAAUUCUGAGCUCAUAUUAUCAAAACAGCCGAGAAUUAGAAAGUGAAGAGGAAUAUGGAAAAGGAAAGUCAGAAAAUCAAGGAACAAAAGCACAAGGAAUAACGGUAAUGAUGAAUACUAAGAGAUUACACUUUUACAUUUAUCAAAAAGCAAAAGUACUACUUAUACCAGGCUCGAAAAUGUGGACUGUAAGAUUACCAAUUGAUUAUCUCAAAUGA